AUGGAAUUAGUUUGUGAAUUUAGAUAUUCGUAUAGCGAUGCAAUUGAGAGAAUAAAUUACACGAGUUGUAUUUAUACAUCUUCAAUAACGCAGCCAAACACGAUCAUUCAAAAAAUUAAUGGAAAACAUUUGGAUGGAAAAAGUGACAAAGAUGUCGAAGGGAUUUGUUUUACGAACACAACGGUCAACUACUUCCCUCAAGGAUUGAACAAAAUUUUUCCUAAUUUGAAAACUGUUCAAGUUCAUAAUUGUGGAUUGAAAUCAAUAACACGAAGAGAUUUGAUAGGACUAGAAAAUAUUCAAGAACUAUCGUGUUAUCACAACAAAAUCACUUCACUUCCAGAUAAUCUGUUUAGAAAUAUGAAGAAACUUAUUGACAUUUCAUUCUUCGACAAUGAAUUGCAUUGCAUGUCUUCAGAACUUCUCAUGCCAAUAUUGAAAAAUGAUUUAAAAUUCGUAGACUUUCGUGAGAAUCGUUCCAUUGAUGUUGCUUAUUGUCACUCAAUUUUUAAGCAAGAUGUAUAUGGAAAUAAAAUUGAUUCUAUAUACAAUUUGAUGGCAAUGAUUGAUGAGAAAUGUGAUGAACCAAUGAAGGAUGAACAGGCACAAACAAACACACAACAGAAGGAUUAUAAAACUGAAGAUUUCAAGGAAUUUUGGACGACUGGACGUUUCUCGGACAUCACGAUUGUCACUGACACUGAAAAAUUCAAAGUACACAAAGUUGUCUUAGCUGUUCAGAGUUCAGUUUUCACUUCAAUUUUUGAAGAUAAGAUGAAAGAUCGACCAUCUGAUGAAUUUAAAAUGAAAAACAUAAAUUCAGAAGUUGUGAAGAUUUUUCUGAAAUUCUUCUACACAGAUGAAGUCAAAAAAGAAGAAAAUUCAAAUCUGCCGGAACUUUUCUCUCUCGCAACAAAGUUCAAAGUGGAGAAUUUAAUGUCAGUUGUUGAGAAGAUGAUCAUCAAUAAUCUAAACGUUGACAAUGCCAUUGAAAUAUUUGAACUUGCGUGUCGCUUUAAUUGUGAUGGGAUGAAAACUUCGGCAUUUAAAGUCAUUCAAUCGAUGAUUGAUAAACCAUUGAAAGACGAUCUGAUCAACCAACCAGAAGUUUUAAAAGAACUUGUUGAAGCUAAAAGAAAAUUUGAUUCUAUGGUGAAAAAAUACGAAAAUCUUUGA